GAAAAACAAAACCAGAGAAUAAAGUUCAAAAGGUGUCGACAUUCGAUCUUGUUACUUUAUAUUCGUUUGAAAAGACAAACGUUGCGAGAAGUUCUAAGAAGAUUCCUAUAAGUGUACUUUCCAUCGAAGAAACAUGAGUAACAGCGAUUUAUGGAUACGCGAUGUGAUUACAAGUUAUGGGUUGUUAUUGCUGAUUUUCAUUUUCAUCGCGUUCUUAACAUCGCGAAAAUGGCCGAAUUUACAAAAGCACAUUUACAGAACUUAUUUAACCGGUUUCGAGGUAGAAUGCGCAGAUCUCAUGGCACCUUACAAGAAACAUUUAUUCGAAUCGUUACAACACAUCGUUUCGAGUGACACAGUAUUACGUUCCAUGGGUUGUAUACGUCUCCUUGAGAUUGGCGUCAAAACGGGUGAAAAUAUACAGUUUUACCCAGAUGGCACACAUUUUAUUGGUGUUGAUCGAAAUCUGAGAUUGGCUGAAUAUCUAAUUAAAGGAAAUCGUUCUUGGCAAUUUUCGCAUAUCAUUAUUGAACAUCUUAUAGUUGGUGAUGGUAGCUCCCUAAAGGAAAUACCUACUGGACAUGUAGACAUAGUUGUGACAACAAGAUCGUUAUGUUCAAUGACAUCCUUGAAAUCAACGCUUCGAGAGAUCCACAGGGUACUGACACCGGGAGGUCGAUAUUUAUUUAUAGAGCAUAUACCUGAAAAUGAAGGAACUUUUAUACGAUGGUUACAAAAAAUGUUAUCACAAACAAGAAUAUGGCCAUCACUAUAUGGUGGUUGCCAUUUAGAUAUUCAUCCUAUUGUAGACAUUAAAAAUACUGGCUUUAACCACGUUACAUGGGAUACAUUUACUCUUGAAGGUUAUGUAUCCCAAACUUUCCAUUUGAUUCUUUCAAGACAACACGUAUUAGGUGUAGCCGUUCGAUAAUUAA